GUGCUUUUAACAGUAGUGUGUGUUCUUGCAGACUGGAACCAUUCGCUGAGUUAAUAGAAGAACAAAUACAUUUAAACCAUCUCUGGAAAGAUGUCAUCAGAUGAAGGGGAGCGAAAUAGUCCAGAUUUACCUAGAGAUUCAGACAAGGGCAGCUCAGUUUCCUCUGCGCUUCAGGAUGAGUAUGAAGAACUUCUUCGGUAUGCUGUUGUGACUCCUAAAAAUGACCCAAGUUUCCCAUCACAGCAGUUGAACACAACUCAACUCACCAAGAAUCCACAGGAUACUCAUAAAAGAGGCACAGCAGCUCAGCUUCUAGCAGAUAAUGAAGGACAAAUAAGCAUCAGGGCUACACCAACUCCUCCAUUAGGAGAAUCCAGACCACCAAGUCGCAUGUCUGAGGAAGAGAUCAUGUCAGCCAGGUCUGUGUUGUCUGAGGAGAGAUCAGCGAGGGUACAGACUGGCUCAGACAGGUCACAACAAAGCAGCCCUGAUGCUCUGAUCACCACCACCACUGAAAUCUUCAUCUCAGAGGACAAUCUCAACAGGAUGGAGAACAUUCUGGACACCUGGAGCACAACUCUUAAGAGUAAUGUGAUGAUGGAGCUGAGGAAGUGGAAACUGGCCUUUGUGGAGCAGCACAGACUGGAGCUGAAGAAGGAGAGAGAGAAGCACGCAGCUCAGAUGACUGCUGUGAACGCUGAGAUGGACAGUCUCAAAGACCUGCUCAACACCUACCAGAUCUCUAACCAGAGGAAAGAUGAGGUGAUCGUGAAUCUGAGCAGGGCGGUUGACAGGCAGAGGCAGAAGCUGGAGCUGAUGAGGAGCUUCACCCAGUGGAGGAUGCGCCAGUCUGCUGCCAGAGAGGAGACUCAGGGGAGCAGACUGGCCGAGCAGCACUAUCAUAUGCAGCUCAAGAGGAAGGUGUGGUCAGGCUGGCACUCGCUCAUUCAGAACAGGUGGCGAGAGCGUGUGGAGAGAGCAUGUUGUGCCAGAGCAGAGGACGUCUGCAUGCAGCUCUCUACAGACUACGAGGCCAAGAUGGCACAGCAUGUAGAGGAGCUCCAGAAAGCUCAAGCUGAGAUCCACAGGCUGCACAUGGAGCGCGAGCGUUAUGAGGACUCUAUGAAGAAAGCUUUCAUGCGUGGUGUUUGUGCGCUCAACAUCGAGGCCCUUAGCAUGUUUAAUACUGGAGAAGCAACUAGAUUGGACCGGGAUGGUCACUCUCAAAGGGACGAGCCAAGCACCAGUUCAACAACAAAUCCUCCUCCACGAAAUGCCUCAUCUACUCGACUCAGUCCAAUUGUCAUGGAGAGUCCAAUACUGGGCCCCUCCCACAGCAAUACGGAGGAUGUAGAGCCGGAAGAGUUUUUCUCUCAGCCCAGCUCAAGCACAGGCCCGAGAGCAGAAACUCUUGUGUCAACCACAGUAGUGAACUCUAUCGCUCCACCAGGGGGCAGUAUACACCCCUUCAGACAGGCGAACACACGGAUAGUAACAGCAGGCAAACAGAAAGCCAGCAAGACAGUCACCGCUCGUCUGACCGGAAGGGCCGAGCACCGGACGAGUCGCCCACCUGCAGCCAUGCAUAUCAUGGGUGUCGCUCCACCCAUGAGUUCAGUCGUUGUAGAAAGACACCACCCCGUCACUCAGCUCACUGUCGGUCAAGCAACAGCAGCUAAAUUCCCUCGCUCUGCUCUUCAGAGUCAGACAGUUUCCAGCAGCAAGAGCUCCUCCAGUCAGACCAGAGGAACCUCCUCCAGCUUUCACCUUCACUCCAUCAAAGUAGUAGACUAACACGUGCACACACACACACACACACACACGUUUAUCUUUCAGGUCUUGAAUCUGGAUGCUGUAAUUUCACAGUAUUUGAUUUGCUAUUCUAAUUCUUCAAGUUUAGAGGUUUUUAAUUAGGUUAAUACAUUUUUAGUACAACAUUUUAUUUAUUAACGUAACAUGGUGAAAAUGACAGAAAAAAGAUUUUUUUUUAUUCUUGAAUUGCCAAAAUGAACCGUUUUAAUUGAAGAAAUAUUAUUUAUUAUGUGAUGUGGAUUAUUUAUUAAAGUGUUUGUUUGAGGGUCACCU